CUAAACUGUGUCUUCUCCGCCAGGUACUCGGAAAUGCUGAUCAAGAAUCCACUGCUGGUGGAUUACAUCGACGACAUCCUGCGGGACGAGCGGCUCUCGCUGAACGAUCCGGUCAUUGCGAACUUUAUCGAAAUCUACUACCCAAAGGUCAAGUCCCGGCUGGUGGUGCCGCGGCUGCUCGAGUCCAUCUGCCAGCUGCUGCCGGACAAGACGAACCUGGAGGACAUUUGCGGCGACCUGCAGGCGAUCCGGAUCAUUGGCCAGCGCAAGGGCAUCCCGGCGGCGGUCAAGGCGCUGCUGCAGGGCUCGCUGCACUCGGUGCUGCUCAAGUUCAAGGACGAGAUGUACAGCGACGAGGAAACCCCACCGAAGAAGCGAAAGAUGGCAAGCGGUUCGGCGGCGAUCCCGGCCACCCAGCAGCAGCAACCAGCUGUGCCAACUGCGACAACUUCCGAGCCGGAACAGGUCGAUCCACCGAAGGUGGAAGAAGCCAUGAAAGCCUCGAGUUCGGAGGAGGUGACCGAAGCGAAACCACCACAACAGCAGGAGGUCGUCAACGGAGGAUCGGAGAAUGGUGCGAAACCGGACGACAAGGUCGCGGAGGUUGUCGAGGAGCCGAAGAAGGAAGAGGAGCAAGAGAAGGAUGUGCCGAUGGACGAGAAGAUGGACCAGGAUGGCGAGGUUGAGGUCGAUAAGAAGGUUGAGGGCGGGACGAAGCCAGAGGGUGACAAGACCGACAAGUCAACCGAACAAUCGACGAUGACGACGACGGAUCAGACGAAGCAGCUGAGCGAGCAGGAGCUGUACCAGCGCAAUCUUAUCAAGGACAUCGAGAGCCACAUCGAGCUGAUAUUUGAGUGUUUGGACGAUGACGACGAGGAGGAACGGAACCGCGAGGGUGCAUCAACAGGUGACAAGAGCAAGGAGGAGGCCGCGGCCGCAGCCGCCGACAAAGAGGAACCGGUUCUUGAGGAAGUUGCGGCAGCGACGGCCAGAGAAGUGACACCGACGAGCUGUCCCAGCCCGGUCAAGAUUAAGCGGAGGAAUCCGUCCAGCGAGGAACAGCCGGCCGCGACAACGACGACGAAGACGACGGUUACGAAGGAAGAGUCCCAGGUGGUGGCACCGCGGGUGCCAGAGGACGAAGCGAAUCGACUGGAAUCGACGUAAGUAGACGAGUUUCGAGAGCGAAGAAGUAAAACCAGUUUCGGCAAACCAAAAUUGUGAUGUUUUUAAAAGUUAAGAAUUUCCCCCCCUUUUUCAACCAAAAAUAAAAAAAACGCAAGAGACAAAAGUAACAGUGAUUGAGUAAAGUUAGGACAGCGCGAGUCGCUUGGUUCUGUUUUAUUUUCUAAAUUUUAGCUUUCGUGCGGCAAAAUAAAAAAAAGAAGAUUUUUUCGGUUUCGAAAAUUGCGCAAAAGUCGUUUUUCCAGUGUGUCCUUCUCGUAUCGAUUGUGGACGAUGGAAUAAUUAGUUAAGUGAGAGAGAGAGAGAUUUUGGAAUACACACACACACACACAAAACCUUAAUUUAUUCCGAAAGAAAGUAGUUUCCGUUUAAGCAAAAAUAAAGGGAAAAGGUGCUCGUGUAGGAUUUUUUUUAAUGGUAAACACGUUUCUUAUCUUAUACACAACAUAACAAUUUUAAGAGAAGAGAAUCAAAGUGUGAAGGUGAUUCACGAAGCGAUGAGCAAUUUAGCGAGUUUAAAUGCUGCCGUUUCUUGUUUGUUUUCUUAUUUUUUGCUCUUUAUUAUUACUGCUCUUACAUUACGGAUAAUUUAAACAACAAGCUAAACUAUAUUAUUAUCUAUUAUUAUUAUUAUAUUAUAGAUCAUUGAGAAAAGAAAAGUGAA